AUGGGCAUUCGCGACCGAUUUAACCGCGAGCAGCGCAUUGCGCAUGACGAUGGACCCCGCACGAUCCGCAAUGGCAAUGCAAACAAUCCCGCUGCAUCCAACGAAGCCAAUGGAAACGGCAUUGCUGAGAAAGCCCCGAAUGGCAACAGUGGAAAUCCCCAUGGUCAGAACUCGUAUCUCCCUACACACAAUAACGCCAACGGUAACGCCCACGCGGCAAACUCCUCAAAGUUUGGUAUUCAACCUGACGGCGAGUCUGGCCGCCGCGGUGUCCAUCCCUGGAAGUUCCUCAAGAUCAGCGCCCGCUCCGUCAGUACGCUGAGUGCCGCCACCAAUGUGCUGUGGCCAUUUGUACCAGCGGCCAUUGUAUUGCAUUUUGUCUCCGGCAACCAUCAUGUCUGGACCUUUGCGUGCGCAUAUAUCGGCAUGGUACCGGCUGCUAGUCUGCUGGGGUUCGCGGGGCAGGAGUUCGCUCGCAAGCUUCCGACCGUGGCUGGAACUCUGAUCGAGUCCAUGUUUGGCGGUAUUAUUGAGAUUGUGCUCUUCAUGGUUCUGAUCGCCAAGCACAACCCGAAUGCUUUGCCAGGAGAAGGAAACCUCGAGUAUGUUAUUCAAGCCGCCAUACUGGGCAGCAUUCUCGCCAAUCUGCUGCUUUGUCUGGGCUCUGUCUUCAUUGCCGGAGGAAUCAGACACAAGGAGCAGAAGUUCAGCCCUCAUAUUUCUGAAGUCGGGAGUGGUGUCAUGCUUGUUGCCGGCUUUGCCCUGCUUAUUCCCAGCGCAUUCUAUUCCGCGCUCAGCGGCGCCACUGGCAUUGGAUCAGACGCGGAACCUGGCUACACCAUGGAGCAGUUGAGUUCGGAUGUCCUGAACAUCAGCCACGGGGUUGCCAUCAUUCUGAUGGUGGCAUUUGCCUCUUACGUGAUUUACAACAGCUGGUCACAUGACAACUUCCUUCAUGACGUGUUGAAAGCCGACGAGGAGAACGAUCGAGACCGCCACAAGGAUUUACACAAGGCCAAGCUGACCAUGACCGAGUGCGUUAUCGCCAUCAGCGUGUCGCUUGUCUUUGUGUCUCUGUUGGCUGUCUUCCUGGUCGAGGAGAUUGAAUACCUCGUCCACGACCUGCAUGUUCCGGACAACUUUUUAGGUCUCAUUCUUGUGCCGCUGGUGGAGAAAAUCGCCGAGCAUCUGACCGCCGUUGAUGAAGCCUGGGACAACCAGAUUAACUUUGCCAUCUUCCACUGUGUCAGCUCAUCCGUGCAGACGGCGCUGUUCAACGCUCCUCUGGUGGUCAUCGUGGCGUGGGGCCUAGGCAAGCCGUUCGAUCUCAAUUUUGAGAUCUUUAUGAUCGUGCUGGUGGUGCUGGCCAUCAUAACAGUUGGCCAGUUCCUUCGGGAUCUGAGCAGUAACUUCCUUGAGGGCGUCUUGCUUGUUCUUGUGUACCUCAUUAUAGCGUUGACAGCCUGGUAA